CUGUCAGCCGCAUGUUUUGUGCGGCUCAUUUUUUUCGCCGUCAUUGCGUCAUUUGACAGUCUGUUCCGUGUGUUUAGGUUAACAGGUUGUUCAAAACAGAAAAUGUCCUAAUUCGUAAUGGAACUGUGAAUAUCACUGAAUGUAUCGGACUUUAUCUGUGAAUCGUGGAUUUCUAUAACGUUUGCGCCGAUAUUACCCAAAAGUUGAGGAUCGGAAAUGAGCGUUCCAGGAGACACAAACAUUCCGGACACAAUGGCCCACUCUUUUCAACGUAGUCAGAGCGCAGACCUAUCCCAGCCUCAACAUCAAAGCAGACUGCUCUUCACCAGCCAUUCCAGCAAUGCUUUGCCCUCCACAGCAGUGUCUUUCCAUCGACGAACAGUGGAGAGCGCUAGACAACUCAGAGACAGCUUUUCAAACGUUAUCAGAGAGAUAGAGCCUCUUGUGGAGACAGCACGUACAGUCAACGCUGGAGUCACUAGUUUCCUCAGCAGUUCCAAUAAUUCACAGUUAAACAAUUCUCCAAAUGCCAGAAGUGACAGCAUCUUCAUCAAUUUGGAUGUACCGCAUGAACCUCCAGUUAGAGACCCACAAACUCCAGCACAAGAGAAUACUACACAAGAAAGAGGGUUUCUAGAUGGCCAACCUUCUGACAAUAACAAUGCCACAGAAGAUCCUGACAGAACACAGACUGUGCUAGAAGCACAAGAAUGUAUUAGAAUACUUCUAAAAUAUGUUCCUUUCGUUCUGAUUCUAUUAGGAAAAGCUGUCUAUGAUUAUCAUGAGAGCAUUUUCAUUCUAGUGAUUCUCUUUGUAGCAUUUGCACAUACCAACUCGGUUGUGCGAAAGGAAGCUGUUAAAAGACAAAGAAGAAGUGUCUCAACACUUGCUGUGGAGUUAUUAUAUAUAAUAGCUUGUCUCAUAUUCAUACAUUAUGUAUUUGAAGAUGAACUUCACAAUUUCAAUCUUAUAUUGAACUUAGUGCUGAUAAGGACAUUUACACAUCCCUUGACUGUUUGGAACUUGGUAUGGAUUGUUGCAAUUACAGAUUUUACCUUAAAGCUACUGACUGUAGCUAUUAAGAUUCUUCUCACUAUGCUUCCAGCACAGGUGGUUGAUUUUAAGAAAAGGGGUAAAAUAUACCUUUUUAUUGAGGGUAUAUCACAAUUGUACAGAAGCAUUGCUACAAUUCAACCAUGGCUUUAUUAUCUGCUGGAGUCAUAUCAAGGACCAGAAAAAAUUGUAGCUGUCUUUCUGUCUGCAUUUUACAUGAUUUCUAAGGGUAGUGAUCUCAUGUCCAAAGUCAAACUACUGAAGACUGCAUUUUUCAAAUUACUACAAAAUGUGAGCAUCGGUAGCAGUCCCAGCAAGGACCAAAUCCAAACAGCCGGCGAGCACUGUCCAAUCUGUCACGACGAAUACGAUUCUCCGGUACUUUUACAGUGCCGGCAUAUUUUCUGCGAAGCGUGCGUCUCCACCUGGUUUGAUCGAGAACAAACGUGUCCGCUUUGUAGGGCCAAAAUUGUGGACGAUCCUUCUUGGAGGGAUGGUUCCACAUCGUACUUCGUGCAGUUGUUCUAGACGUCGAGGACAUAUGGUAACUGGAUGGUGUGUGAUAUCAGCAGAUCUUAUGGGUGCAUGUUUGAGUUCACUAUGGACUGAAGUGGAUUGGCUUGAAUGUUCUACAUAAGCUAUGUUAUUGUUAGAGGUUAAACAGACAUAUUAAUACUCUCAAAGGGGGAAAAUGAGUAAAGUAGGAAAAAGAAUGUUAUAAAAUAUGUUUAUUUACCAACUCUAUGUAUAAAGUUUUAUGAGAAAUGUAUUAUGUGUAAUUUGAUGAUUAAUAAAGACCUUUAUGAUA